UUUUUCCAUGGCAUAUGGUGCUACACAUGAUGGAAACUCUACUUGGAAAGUGGUUCAUCCACGAGUCAUUAUCCGCAAAGCUCCCAGCACUUCUGCGAGCAUCUUGGGUUUCCAUGCCCAAGGCAAGCUCAUUGAAGGGUCUUUGCAAGAAGGUGCCAACCAACCAUGGCUGAAAGUGAAACACCAUGCAAUGGAUGGCCAGGAGUGCGAUGGCUACAUGUUGGUGGAUGGCACCUCCCUGGGCUUGGGCGUUUUGCUGGAGCGUGUCGAGCGUGUCCAGACCACGGCCGUCCAGGCCACCAGGGCGAAAGCUGCGCCUAAGGCCACCGCGGCCACCGCGGCCAAGGCCACCGCGGCCAAACCCAAGGCGCGGCACAAGGUCGACGUGGAUCAGCUCAGCAAGUGGAUCAAGCCUGCCCCCACGGUGUCCAUGGCACCCACACGGCGCUACGACGUGGUGGUCAGCAACGUCAUGGUGCGCAGCUUGCCAUCGACCGCUGCCAGCGCCGUGGGAGUGGUGAAGAUGGGAGAAGUCUUGGAAGGCCAAGUGCGAGAAGGUUGGCUCCUGAUGGACUCCGAACUCAGUGUUGAACGACUGGAGAAGGGCGAUGGGCGCUGGGUCCUGAUGGAUGGAAAAGAGCUGGGUCUGGGACAAUUGCUCCGCUUGCAACUCCCAGUGCCUUCGGUGACCAAGACCUUUGCGCACGCGCUACAGCUGAGCUUUGACCAGGAUGUGAGCAAAUACCAUCUUCAAGUAGAGCCUGAAAUCGGAGAUAGCUUCCAUGUCCGAUGCCCCGAAGGUAAAUCCAUGCUGGUUCAUGGUCUUCACGCAGACUGCCAUGUACGAUUGCGCUUUGCCCUUAACAAGGACGAAGGCCCCUUCGGUGAAUGGGAGGCGGUGGAGACAACUUUUGUGGCCGCCUGGGAGGAAGCUGAUGGGCCCUGUGUGGACUUGUUAGGCAACCCCAGGGGCAGUUGCAAGCAAUGUUCUUGCAAAUGCUUUGCAACCUGGCGCAAGCAUAUGGAUUGGUCCAUUUCAGUUGGCCAUGGGUUCCUUUUUCAAUUGACAUGA